AUGCGUUCAAGUUCUAUAAAUAUUUUGAUGAUUGGAAUAGCGGCGUGUGACGUUUCUGUUAUGCAUGAUAUUAUCUGGAUAAAAGUGACAACGUGGAUUCCUGAAGCCGAUAAUCCUAAGUGCAGAAUUCCGGAUAGCUACUUGUUUCAGCUGUGCAGUAUUCUGUUCAACUGUACAAGAAAUUUUGUACGACCAUCAUCCGUUUGGAUAGCUAGUGCAAUGGCUUUAUUCCGAUUUCUAAUUGUUAAAAACGCAAUGAACUCCAAAUUUGACUUCUUAUCGGCUCCUCAUGGUGCUCUCGUAACUUUAGCAAUCCUUUUCAUCCCUAACUUCCUCAUCGAGUUUAUUUAUUGGAUCCGAUUCAGUUUGGAAGUUACAGAAAUAAUUGUUUUUCCUAAGAAUGCCAAAUCAGACAACACCACUACUGUUAUCAUGUUAAUGACAGUGUCAUCCAUGUUAUCUGAAGGGUCCUAUGGAAUUUUGAACUUUGUUUCGUUUUGCUUCAUGCAAAAUUAUGAUGAAUAUGCAGAAAUAUUAUCUUUUUUUUACUUUCUCCAAGGACUCCUGGAUAUAUUUGUAACACUGAACACCGUGAGCCAUUGUUUCAUUAGUCUGGCCGUAUCAACUCAAUAUCAAAAUGCCGUGACUUCGACGUUUCCCUUUUUGAGCAACUCAAAGAAGCACACCAAUACAAUCCGAGUGACAGCAAGUGGUUCGACUCAACCAAGUAAUAGCAGAGUUACUCAGAGAACACAAGUUUCAGUUGCACCUGCGUAA